AUGUUUUACUUUUAAACGUGUAACGUCAUGCGAAGAUAGUGUAGCAUAACAAAUGUCGUGUCACGGUGAUGUUUAUAUGUAAAUAUUUGUAUGAAUGUUAAAAUACAUAAUUUACUGUACGCCCAUUUAAUUGUCAUGUAGUGUAUAUGCGCGCUUACAUCCACACAUCCCUUCUCUGCUUGCUUCUCUGUGAGUGUCCCCAGAAGGGGAAAAGAAACAUUUCCAUUGGUCCUUUCAGGGGGAGAGGAGGAGAAAACGCCGAAGACCAACUCGAAUUCCUCAAACCUCCUCAAAUUUCCUCCAAGCCGUCGUCGAAACCUCCUCUCUGGUCCACUUCUCUUCCUCACCCAUCCGAGCCGCUCUCGACUUAACGAUGUUGCGGGGUGUCGCCGUGCUCCUGUUAGCCCUGGCUCUCUCUCACGCAGAGGAGCUUCAGAGCAAGAGCAAAGUGUGCGCCAACGUUUUCUGCGGCGCCGGCCGAGAGUGCGCCGUCACCGAGAAGGGGGAGCCCAGCUGUCUGUGCAUAGAGAGCUGUAAGCCCCACAAGAGGUCGGUGUGUGGCAGCAACGGCAAGACCUACAGGAACCACUGCGAGCUGCACCGAGACGCCUGUCUGAGCGGACUGAAGAUCCAAGUGGCCCAUGAUGGACACUGCCAGGAGAAGAAGAACGAGCAGGCGGCUGCCAGCCCAGUGGUGUGCUACGCUGCUGACCGCAACGAGCUCAGGGGCCGUGUCAUCCAGUGGCUGCAGACGGAGGUCAUCCCGGACGGCUGGUUCACCAAGGGCUCCAACUUCUCCGACAUCCUGCUCAAGUACUUUAAGUCCUACGACAACGGAGAUUCCACGCUGGACUCCUCUGAGCUGCUCAAGUUCAUCCAACACAACGAGUCGGUGGCGACUGAGAUGCAGUCCUACGCCGACCAAGAGAGCAAUAAGUUGCUCAGGAGCCUGUGUGUCGACGCCCUCAUCGAGCUGUCUGACGAGAACGCAGACUGGAAGCUGAGCUUCAAUGAAUUCCUCAACUGCCUGAAGCCGGGAUUCAACCCGCCGGAGAAGAAGUGUGCCUUGGAGGAUGAGACCUAUGAGGACGGAGCAGAGACCCAGGUGGAGUGCAACCGCUGUGUUUGUGCGUGCGGCAACUGGGUGUGCACUGCUAUGACUUGCACAGACAAGACAGCUGCUGUGGAUGAGCCAACUGACGGCGGUGCGGAGAUGACCGAGGAGGAGUGGAACGUCCGUGUGGCCGAGCUGAACAAACACCAGGAAACGGUGGAGAAAAUGAAGUCCAGCAGCGCAAAGGAGGCUUAAACGACGAUGCAAUCACAAAGCCGGGAUGCACACGACGGCCACCCUUUUCCUCCAUACUUGACGUACCUUUGCAGCCUGCGUGUUGUCAAUGUCGGUAUCUCCAAACUGACUUUUACAUCUUUCACAACUAUUUCAAUUAUUCUUAUGACACAUUUUGUUGCAGUCUUAAAGUGUUUUUAUGUUUGUUAGUUCCGGGGGGGGGCUAUUACCGCAGAACUCCCUCCUCUCAGUACUGUCAUAUUUGAUUGUAUUAACUACUCCUGUACACGUCUUUACUACUUAUUGUUUGCAGUUGGACCAGCGAUUCAUUUUGUUGGCGCGUAUGUAGGCUCAUACUUGACCAAUGCACUUGUUUUGUUUUUUUUUAUGUUGUUGUUGUUCUCCCUCGUAGUCCACCCCAAGCAACCAACGUGAGGUAACUUACUAGACAUUGAGCAGCAAAAACAUGUGGUCGUAUGUGCACUUUGUUUUUGCCAUUUUUCCUCCUUAGGGGGCUCAGAUUUACCACAUGGGCAAAAGUAUCGCUACACCUGUCUUAAUACCUUUGUCCGUACGUCUCUUCAGGGACCGUGUCUUACUUAUGUAAGACUGUGUACCCUGGAGACAUCUGAACACAGUGUGGGGGAAUCUAAAACCAAAGAUCUCAUGAAAAUGUUUGACUCUUGUACGCAAAUCUCCAGGUAAGGCAGUAUUAUUACUCUGGACCCAGCAACAACACAAUACCUUAACUCUUUACAAAAAAGAUGCGUUCAAUGUUUAUGUUUGUGUGAGAGAGUGAUGGUGUGUGUUUGUUUUUUUUUUUUUUUUCAUAGUUCAGUGUUCAUUGACAAUAAAAAAAAGCAGUGCCUUAGACUUGCAAAAUUCCCUGCACAUUUUACCACAUGACUUAGCGGGGGGGAAAUGAGUGUUUUGCUGACGUUAGCUAGUUGCUAAGUGGUUCAUGACUCUUCCUGAUAAAUAUGCCUUGUGGACUUCUUUACGGGCCACUACAUAAAGUAAGGAAUCUGUAUGUAAGCCAAUAAAUCUUUGUACACCA